UCCUCCUCAAACCCCUCCUCCACCCCUCCCGCUCGCCUCGCUCCACCCUGACUCCCCUCCCCAUGGCGGCCAUCACAACCACAGCCACCACCGCGGCCGCCUCCUCUUCCUUCCUCCGCCGCCGCCCCGCCGGCCACCCUCUCGUUUCGCUCCGCGCGUGGCACGGCCACUGCCACCAUCGUCACUCUUGCAGGCUCGCCUGCCGUGCCGCCGAGGUGUCCGGGGCCGAGCCCUCCGCCGCGCCAGCGACGGCGGAGGCCGGAGGUGGCGCGGUGUGGGUGCCGGUCGUGCCGCUGGCUGCGCUGCCCCGCGGGGAGCGCCGCGUGAUCGUGCAGGACGGGGAGGAGAUCUUGCUGCUCUGGUACAAGGACCAGGUCUUCGCCAUCGAGAACCGCUCGCCGGCCGAGGGCGCCUACACCGAGGGCCUCCUCAACGCCAAGCUCACGCAGGAUGGCUGCAUUGUUUGCCCAUCAACUGAAAGUACAUUUGAUCUUCGUACUGGGGAAAUAAAGGAAUGGUAUCCCAAAAACCCUGUCCUCAGGGCCCUUACGCCUGCUUUGAGGAAACUAUUCACUUACCGUGUGAAAACAGACAACGAAAACAUCUACAUCAGCAUCAGUGGGGCUGACAGUGCAGCAUCUGCUGAGAUUAUAUUCAGUGGGAAAGCUCAACCUGGAGUUACUGCAUCUGAUGUCAAUGUGGAAGAGGUGAGGAUGAUAGUUGACGAGGAUGUCGGUGGAUUCGGUUUCACCAGUGACAAUGAACUGAUCAAUGGAAAAGCCGCUAUAAUUGGCUUUCUCUUAUUGAUAGAUUUUGAACUUUUAACUGGCAAGGGUCUUCUCAAGGGAACUGGUUUCUUGGACUUCAUCUAUGCAGUUUCAGGAGCUUUCAACUGAUAAAUAUGUUAGUUCUUUGGUGUUGGAAUGUUAUAAAGUUUCAGAUCAUGAGAAACGUAAGGGUGGAUGUUGCGGCAAUACAAGACAUGGAUGGUUAUAUAAGAAUGGGUCAUGGGAAAGAAAAAGGACCGACCAUUGUAGAAAAGGUUGAUUGAUAAAUUUUCCUUAUGUACUCUGGGUAAUGCUGUAAUAGAGUGACUUCUAGGAGAGCAACAUUAAAAAUGAAGAUGGUGUGCUGAGUGUCAUGGCAGCUUCUGAUGCAAACUUCAACCUAUUUAGGAGAUAGUACAUUUAUCAAUAGAGUUGCAUAAUGAGGUUGUUAUAUGUCGCGUCAAUGAUGUUUAUUAUUACCGUGAAGGUGCAAAUUGUGAUGCUUGGUUUUGCUGCUA